AUGGAAGAAAACAAUGAAACCUCUGAGGGAGGGUUUAUUUUGCUUGGAUUCUCCGACCAGCUCCAGUUGGAAAUCAUCCUUUUUGUGGUAGUUUUGAUAUCCUGUCUUCUGACCUUUGUGAGCAAUACAUCCAUCAUCCUGGUCUCCUGCCUGGAUUCCAAACUCCACUCACCUAUGUACUUCUUCCUCUCCUUUCUUGACCUUGCCUUCACUACCAGCAUCAUGCCCCAGCUGUUGUGGAACCUGAGAGGACCAGCCAAGACCAUCACAUCCACUGGCUGUGUCCUACGACUCUAUGUGUCCCUCUCCUUAGGUUCCACUGAGUGUGUUCUCCUUACUAUCAUGGCAUUUGACUGCUAUGUGGCUGUCUGCAGACCUCUCAACUACACGACUGUCAUGCACCCAUCAUUCUGCAAGGCCCUGGCAGGAAUAGCCUGGCUCAGUGGACUGGGAAACACUCUGAUCCAAAGCACCAUCACCCUGCGACUUCCUCGAUGUGGGCACCGUCGCCUCCACCACUUCUUGUGUGAAGUGCCUGCCAUGAUCAAAUUGGCUUGUGUUGACAUCCAUGCAAACCAAGUCCAGCUUUUUGUGGCUACAUUAGUUCUCCUCCUCCUUCCCAUGGCAUUGAUAUCUGUCUCCUAUGGAUUUAUCGCACAUGCUGUGAUAAAAAUUAAGUCAUCCCAAGCUUGGUGCAAGGCUUUAGGGACCUGUGGCUCUCAUCUACUAGUGGUGUCCCUUUAUUUUGGGACCAGCUCAGUCAUAUACAUCCAACCACAGAGAUCCUUUGGCCACAGCCAGGGCAUGUUCCUCACACUCUUUUAUACUGUUGUGACUCCCACUCUCAAUCCCCUCAUAUACACCUUGAGGAACAAGGAUGUGAAAGGAGCCCUGAGGAGACUGCUGAGGAGAGAUCAGGUCACAAAUAAAAGAAUAUUAAAUAAUAGUGAAGAGUUUACAAAUGAGAAUAUUGAUAAGAUUUUCACCUUAUUAAAAUGUACUUUUUGGUACAAUUUUGAAAGAGUUGAGCAAAAUUGA